AUGGAGGAAUCCGGUCAGGUGCCACCUGGCAAUCAUGAAGUACUGGGUGAUUCAGUUACCUGGGGUGGUUGUACCAUAAUUUACUUGCUUGGUCAACAACUGCACUUUGAGCUCUUCGAUUUUUCCUAUCAAGUCCUAAAUGUUGCAGAAGUAGAGGCUGCAGCAAUCACACCAAACCAGAAGAAUCCUCACUUUGUCCCGGAGUGGGAUGCCCUAUUGGAAGCUAUGAAGAAAGCAAGGAGGUUGAACAAUCACGUGUUCUCCAUGCUGAAAGCACGUUGUCCAUUAGAAGACAAACAGGCAUGUGCCAUCAAGCAAAGUGGUGCUCCUCUGCAUCGGAUCAAGUUUGAAAACACUGUCUCUGCUUUCGAAACAUUGCCACAGAAAGGUGCUUGA